AUGCCUGUCGCAUUAACAGUCAAGAAGAUAGACGGGAAGCCAGGAAAGGUGUACUACCCCCUCCAACUCAAAGAAGUACCCAAGCCCUCUCCUGGCCCAAAGGAAGUCCUCAUUCGCCUCAAUGCCGCGGCCCUGAACCACCGUGACCUUUUCGUCCGCCAGCAACUCUACCCGGGCAUCUCUUUCGAGCACCCUCUCCUGGCAGACGGCCACGGGACGCACGAGGCUGGGACGCACACCCGGACGGGCCUGAAGAUAUCAAGAAAUAUAGGAAGCGUCAUUGGCGGAACUGCAAUGUACGAUGCGGGAACUGCACAGGAGUACAUAGUCUGCAGCGAGGAAGACGUCGAGAUCGCGCCAGAGCACCUGUCAGCCAUCGAGGGAGCAGCGCUUCCGCUCGUGGGCCUCACGGGCUGGAGGGCCCUGGUGACCAAGACGGGGGAGAACGCGAGCCGUGGCCGCAACAUUCUUAUCACGGGGAUUGGUGGGGGUGUUGCUCUACAAGUGCUGCAGUUUGCCGUCGAGCUUGGCUGCAAUGCGUGGGUCACGAGUGGUGACAAGGCCAAAAUCGAGAAAGCCGUGAAGCUGGGCGCCAAGGGCGGCGUGUCGUACCGGGACAAGGACUGGGACAAGCAGCUGCAAAAAGCCCUGCCAAAGGAGAGACCUUUCUUAGAUGCCGUCAUCGACGGGGCUGGCGGAGACAUCGUCGCGAGGGCGACCAAGCUGCUCAAGCCGGGAGGCAUCAUUUCCCAGUACGGCAUGACCACCGCGCCGACCAUGCCGUGGGGUAUGCAAGCCGUCUUGAAGAACGUCGAAUUGCGAGGCAGCACCAUGGGUUCGAGGGCGGAGUUUAGGGACAUGGUGGCCUUCGUCAGGGAACGGCCGCUCCUGAAACCCGUGAUAAGCCGGGUGGCAAAAGGCUUGAAGAAUUUGGACGGCAUCGACGAGCUCUUCGCCGACAUGAAGGACGGCAAGCAGUUUGGCAAGUUGGUCAUCGAUAUUUCUUCGGGGGCCGCUUCGAGUUCGAAACUGUAA